AUGCAAAACCUACGAUUGCCAGAAUUCCUAUUAAUACUGCUGGUAUAAUGCUAUAAUGAUCUUUUAAUCUGUCACAAUAAAAUGACGUUAUAAAACGCAAUUCAGCUUCAUUCAAGAAAUCCUUAGAUAAGUGUGAUAAAAUGAUAGAAAGAGCAGAGAUGCCUUUCUCUCGCAUUGUAACAUCUUUUUCAGUUACAAAAGGUUUAAGUUCCUCCACAACUGCAUAAAGUUUUACAUGUCCUGACUGUAUUUCUAGAAAUUAAAUAAUAUAAUUAUUUUCAGACAAUGUAUGUAUCAUAGAAAUAUACAUUUUUCUAUUUCAUUUAUUUAAAAAUAUAUAACAUAUCAAAACACGCUAUUUUCAUUGGUAUUUUUGCUGCAGAUAAUAUUUUAACGGAUCAAAAACAAGUAUCUAGUUUUUUCUUCAAAUAUCAAGGCCAAUCAUCAAUAUAUACAGGAAGAAUAAUCAUGAUAAUUAAUACAUACCUGAGGCGAUCUCUUGACACGUUGCGUUCAGUACUUCGUUCUCUUCAAAAGCAUCCAGAAAUCUUUCUUUAAAAACACUACUUGUAAGUGAAGCCAUUGCAAAUCAUGCCUUCCUGUGUUACUACGUUACUUAACCUCAGUAUAUCAAUAAAAUAUAAUUCUAUCCAGUAUCCCGAGCGUAAUUAAUUUUUUUACUUAAAAUUAUUAAAUAUAAUUUGAUUGGAACGUGUCCGGUGGUAAUUAUUACGUCACGGGAUAAUGUGUCGGUGAAAUAUCAGAUAUACUGAAAAAUUAUUUGUAAAACUUGUUUUAUUUUAAUUCAAAAUUCGUUUGUAUCUGUUAAUAUUUCAGGUUAGGUUACCAAAGAUUCGAUUAUAGCGCCUCUAAUGGUACCGAUUUGCAAUUUAGUGGAUAAGAUGGACGAAAAUGGCAUGUGAGGUGUUGUUAAAUUUUAGUGAAAUGUUUGGUUACUUCAGCCACCUAGGAUGGGAGGCUGCAUAGGCAUAACAAGGGCAAGAAAUGCCUCUGUCGACAAUACUACAGGAAAUUCCACAAGAGUAAAUUCAGGUAAAAAAAUUAAGAUAAAAUUAUCUCCCUAGAAAAUGCAAUCAACAACAGCUAACCUUGAAGACAAUCCAGGUUUUUUCCUUACGUUCCUAUCUAACGUUCAUUGCGUGUUAUGCAUUGGAAUUUGCAUAUUAUUUAUUACAUAGAAUAUCACACAAUCAUAUAUUACGCAGUGCAUUAUCUCAUAGUGUUGAACGAGUUCAUCAAAAUAUUAUUAUAUUUGUUGCUUCUAUCAUUAAAUUUGGCAUUUUUAUUUUAUUAUUGAAAAUAAAAGAAUUUUUAAAUUGCUUAUCUCUGUGUUGAACUUUAGAAUCAUUGUACUACAUGUAACAUGAGUGAAUGUCUUAAUUCAAUGUAAUUAUUUCUAUUUUUAACAUGUUUCUUAUGUGAUUCUUUAAUUUAAUUAAAAAAUCAAUGUGUUAGUUGUCUCACAAAAAAAAAAAAAAAAUCUGUUUAUGUAGGAAAUUCAAGGAAAAAUCAUCCAUUAUGCCAUGAAGCAAUUAGGUGGAAAUCAGAUGUACCUUUGACAGAAGGACAGCUAAGAAGUAAAAGAGAUGAAUUUUGGGAUACUGCACCUGCAUUUGAUGGACGGAAAGAAAUAUGGGACGCAUUAAGAGCUGGGGCAACAGCAGCAGAAGCUCAGGAUUAUCAAUUAGCACAGGCUAUAUUAGAUGGAGCUAAUAUUUCUGUGCCGAAUGGCUUUUUAACUGAAUGUUAUGAUGAACUGGGAACCAGAUAUCAAGUCCCUAUUUAUUGCUUAUCAUAUCCAAUUAAUAUUGUGAAGGAAGAUAGUGGAAGAGACUCCCCUGCCGACUGUUCAGAACCUAUUGAUAGUGGAGUUGAACAGACAUUGAAACUGAGAUUAUCAACUACAUUAGGGGAAGUUAAAUUGCCUGUUUACAGUAAAGAUACUAUUGCUACUGCUAAAAAGAAAUUGCAAAGUCAAGAAGGUCUAGAACCAUCUCGUCAAAGGUGGUUUUUCGGUGGAAAGUUAUUAGGUGAUAAAAUGCACAUAGAAGAAGCAAAGAUACAACCAGGCUACGUAAUACAAGUAAUUGUAAAUCCAGAAAAAUUGGAUGACAGUCCUGUGAAAACAAGUUGA